GUUCUGGUUGUGGAAGCAGCUCCGGAGUGUUACACACCCAGAUCCAGCAACAGGGCGGGAGGUGGUGCACACAGUUCUGGGAGUGCCUGGUGCUCAGUGACUUUGGCAUAGAGAGCCCAAGGCUCCAGCAGUCUCUGGCCAGGAGAAGGGCUCUGUGCAGAGGCAGGGAGGGCUCCAGGGGGCACGUGGCUACCAGAGUCCCUGGCCAGACGAGCGGGCCGGUGUGGAGGAAGGGAGGGUACAGGAGGGAGGACGCAGGGUUGCGCAGCUCUCACAGUUCCUUAUAAGGGCAUGCGGAGACCCGGCAGGCGCGAGUCGGGGGUCGUGGCACAGCUCUUAUGGAGGUCCCGGCAGUGCCAAGCCCAGGAGUUUGAGGUUGGUAUGAGCUGUGACGCCAUGGCACUCUACCCAGGGCAACAGCCCGAGGCUCCAGUGUUCCAAAACCCUCCAGUGUGCCAAGUCUCACUCUGCCCCUGAGGGUUAAGGGUGUAAGGCAGGUCAGUCCCUGCCUUUAGUCUCCUCAGUCACUAGGUUACUAGCUCCUGCCCGAUCCUUGCUCUGUGACCCUGAAGGCGGAGUUUGCCGGCGCAGUUCUCUCACAAUGGCUCCCUGCGGCCCAUAGCCGAACACUGUUAGCUCCGUCCGGCUCAGCGGCUCAGUCUGCAGCCCUAGACAAUGCCCAGAGUUCUCUGCACUCCUGCUCAAGCUCUCCCCAAGGCAGUUCAACUGAGUGCCAAGUCCAUAAACACCGAAACAGUUCACAGAAGGAUGCCCUGCAGUGGUCUCGCAACCCAGCUGCAGUGGAGGGAGAAGAGCCAGAGGACACAGCUGAUGUGGAGAGCUGUGGGUCUAAUGAAGCCAGCACUGUGAGUGGUGAAAAUGAUGUAUCUCUUGAUGAAACAUCUUCAAAUGCAUCAUGUUCUACAGAAUCUCAGAGCAGACCUCUUUCUAAUCCCAGGGACAGCUAUAGAGCUUCCUCACAGGCAAACAAACAAAAGAAAAAGACUGGGGUGAUGCUGCCUCGAGUUGUCCUGACUCCUCUGAAGGUAAACGGGGCCCACGUGGAAUCUGCAUCAGGGUUCUCGGGCCGCCACGCCGAUGGCGAGAGUGGCAGCCCAUCCAGCAGCAGCAGCGGCUCUCUGGCCCUGGGCAGCGCUGCUAUUCGUGGCCAGGCCGAGGUCGCCCAGGACCCUGCCCCGCUCCUGAGAGGCUUCCGGAAGCCAGCCACAGGUCAGAUGAAACGCAACAGAGGAGAAGAGAUAGAUUUUGAGACGCCUGGAUCCAUUCUUGUCAACACCAACCUCCGCGCCCUGAUUAACUCUCGGACCUUCCACGCCCUGCCCUCGCACUUCCAGCAGCAGCUCCUCUUCCUCCUGCCUGAAGUGGACAGACAGGUGGGGACAGAUGGCCUGUUGCGUCUCAGCAGCAGUGCACUAAAUAAUGAGUUUUUUACCCAUGCGGCUCAGAGCUGGCGGGAACGCCUGGCUGAUGGUGAAUUCACUCAUGAGAUGCAAGUCAGGAUAAGACAAGAAAUGGAGAAGGAAAAGAAGGUGGAACAAUGGAAAGAAAAGUUCUUUGAAGACUACUAUGGACAGAAAUUGGGUUUGACCAAAGAAGAGUCAUUGCAGCAGAAUGUGGGCCAGGAGGAGGCUGAAAUCAAGAGUGGCUUGCAUAUUCCAGGAGAAUCAGUGCGGCCACAGUGUGGAGUGGCCACCCGACAGCGAGAUGGGCAUUUUAAGAAACGGUCUCGGCCAGAUCUCCGAACCAGAGCCAGAAGGAAUCUGUACAAAAAGCAAGAGCCAGAACAAGCAGGGGUUGCUAAGGAUGCAAAAUCCGUGGCACCAGACAUCCCCCUCUACAAAGAUGGGGAGGCUGAAACCGACUUAGCAGGGAGGAACAGUCCCCACUUGCCAGGCAUGUCCUCUGCAGCACCCAACCCAGAGGGUCCCAAGUUCCCAGCUGAACCUAUGGGUUCCCAGAUCCCAACUGAGCUGGACAACUUGGCACGUGCCUCUGCAUCUCCAGACAGAAUUCCUAACUUGCCUCCAGAGGCUGUGGAUCAGGAGCCCAAGGAUCAGAAGAGGAAAUCCUUUGAGCAGACAGCGUCUGCAUCCUUUCCCGAAAAGAAGCCCCGGCUUGAAGAUCGUCAGUCCUUUCGUAACACAAUUGAAAGUGUUCACACCGAAAAGCCACAGCCCACUAAAGAGGAGCCCAAAGUCCCGCCCAUCCGGAUUCAACUUUCACGUAUCAAACCACCCUGGGUGGUUAAAGGUCAGCCCACUUACCAGAUAUGCCCCCGGAUCGUCCCCAUCACGGAGCCCUCCUACCGGGGCUGGACUGGCGCCAGGACCCUCGCAGACAUUAAAGCCCGUGCUCUGCAAGUCCGAGGGGCGAGAGGCCACCAAUGCCAUCGAGAGGCGGCCAUCACUGCCAUCGGAGGGGGGGGUGGCCCGGGUGGAGGUGGCGGCCGGGCCACCGAUGAGGGAGGUGGCAGAAGCAGCAGCAGCAGUGGUGAUGGUAGUGAGGCCUGUGGCCACCCUGAACCAAGGGGAACCCCGAGCACCCCUGGAGAGUGUGCGUCAGAUCUACAGCGAACACAACUAUUGCCGCCUUGUUCUCUAAAUGGGGAGCAUACCCAAGCUGGAGUUGCUGUAUCUAAAGCCAGGAGAGAGGAACUGGCUUCUCCUAAACAGGAGGAAAGCAGCCUGCUACAGAGGAUUCCAGGUGUAUUUGCAAGAGGGCUGGAAGAUGCCUCCCAACUCCCCAUUGCUCCCACUGGGGACCAGCCGUGCCAGGCUUUGCCUCCACUGUCUUCCCAAACCCCAGUAACUGAGAGAUUAGUUGAGCAGCCUAAGCUGCACCUAGAUGUUAGAACUGAAUGUGAGUCUGGUACCACUUUCUGGGAAAGGGAUAAUGAGGAACGAGGACCCAAAGUCCCCCCAGAGGAGGGUCCUGCUCAGUCUCUGGUAGGAGAUGUAUUAGAAGAAGGAACUGCCUUGGCUCUUGAUAGUGAUCCCACUGUGACAGGUCCUGUAGAUGUGAACCUUAGUUCUACACCUGAAUCCUCAUUGGCUGAUUGCCUGCAGGACAAACCAUUUGAUGACAAAGUAGGACUUGGUGACCCGUGCCCUUACAUGAGGGAAAGUGAUUCUAGGCAAGAACACUUGAAAACCAAGGUUCUCGUUUCUGACAGUGCUACUCCUUGGCUGCCAAUCCCAUCAGAUGAUGAGGUAGCGAAACAGCCUGAUCCAAAAUCUAGAGAAAACGUACCAUGUAUUGAGCCCCAAGUUGGGGAAGAGUGGGAGAAAACUCCCUUCAUUCCUGCAUUGCCUGGGGGUUUGACAGCUAAGGAGAGCCUAGAUCCCCCUGUCAGCCUUCCUUCACACUGGAUGGUGCUAUCUAAAGGGGGUGUUGACAGCAUUGGCAGUGCCUGCAAACAGGUGGACGCUGAAAAGUUUAAAAUCAAUGGAGACUCUGAAGCAGUGAGUCCUCAUAGCGAGUCCACAGACACAGCCUCUGACUUUGAAGGCCACCUCACUGAGGACAGCAGUGAUGGUGACACUACUGAAGCCACAGUGAUAAAGGGAUCCUCAGUAGACAAGGACGAGAAACAUGAUUGGAACCAAUUUGCCUCACUGUCCAAGGUGAAUGGUGACCUGAAUCUGGUUACAAGGACAGACGGAAUGGUUGCUUCUCAGAGCUGGGUAUCUCGAGUAUGUGCAGUCCCCCAAAAGAUCCCAGACUCCCUGCUGUUGGCCAGUACUGAGUACCAACUGAAACCCACAUGCCCAGCCAGGCCUGGUCCCUUGGUGGAGCCUACUAACUCACUUGUGAUACAGUUCCUACAGAGUAAGUUGCCCCUAGAGAAGGUUCUUCUUCCAGCCCAUGGUGGCAGCAAGCCAGAAUCCCCACAACUGUCACUUACAAAAGAGCAGAGCCAUAGUGGCAUGGGGGGUUUGCAUCAUCCUGGGGAAAACAGUCAUGGGGUUUUCAGAAGCAGCCCCACUUCUUUAUGUGCUUUGAAGGAGCCUCUCCUGCCUAAGAGCUAUGAUGUAGGCACUAGUCUUGCCAGGAUAGAAACCACCCAGGCUCCUGGAGUGCCCCAAAAGAUUUCUAAGACAGCCCCAAGUUUUAACUCCCUACAUCCAGUGACUUCCUCUGGGAAAAUGGAAGGAUUGGGUUCCAAAGAGCAGUUCUCUUCCUUUAAUUUUGAAGAUCAGAAGGAAAUCCAUGCCAUGUCCCAGUGCAGUAAUUCAAAUGCUACUCCCGGCAAAAGUCCAGGAGAUCUCACUACCUCGAGAGCACCUUCUUUCUCAUCUCCAAAUGUGAUCUCCUUUGGUUCAGAGCAGACAGGCCAGUCCCUGGCUGAUCAGGACAACGUUGCAGGACAAGGGAAGAAGCUCUUUGGCUCUGGGAGUGUGGCUGCAACCCUUCAGCGUCCCAGGCCUGCAGAUCCAACACCACUGCCCGCUGAGGUCCCUCCAGUUUUUCCCAUUGGGAAGUUGGGGCCAAGCAAAAACUCUGUGUCUGGUGGAGUACAGACUGCAACAGAAGACUGGGCUCCAAAGCCACCUCCUGCCUCUGCUGGCAGCAUCAAAAAUGAGAAGACUUUUGUUGGGGACCCUGUUAAGGCAAAUGCAGAGAACAGGAAAGCUGUUGGGCACAGUCCUCUGGAACUGGUAGGUCACUUGCAAGGGAUGCCCUUUGUCAUGGAUCUGCCCUUCUGGAAAUUACCCCAAGAGCCAGGGAAGGGGCUCAGUGAGCCUCUGGAGCCACCUUCUAUCCCCUCCCAACUCAACAUCAAGCAGGCGUUUUAUGGGAAGCUUUCUAAUCUCCAACUGAGUUCCACCAGCUUUAAUUAUUCCUCCAGCUCUCCCGCCUUUCCCAAAGGCCUUGCUGGAAGUGUGGUGCAGCUGAGCCACAAAGCAAACUUCGGUGCGAGCCACAGUGCAUCACUCUCCUUGCAAAUGUUCACCGACAGCAGCACAGUGGAAAGCAUCUCGCUCCAGUGUGCAUGCAGCCUGAAAGCCAUGAUCAUGUGCCAAGGCUGUGGUGCAUUCUGUCACGAUGACUGUAUUGGACCCUCAAAGCUCUGUGUAUUGUGCCUUGUGGUGAGAUAAUAAAUUAUGGCCAUGGGAAAAACUGUACAUUUAGUGUGUGUAUUUUGAUAAUGAUUGAUCUUAAACCUGUAUACAGAAUAUCAUUGAUACAAUACUCUUUCUAGGCAAGAGCACUCUUGCCUUCCCCAACAUUUAUAAAGUGCUAAAGCCCUCUGUCACUGUUGACCCUUCUGGUCUUGCUGGAGGGGCUUCCUGGGGGGCAUCCACUGGGCUGCCCAAAGCCAACCUGAGCUUUCAUUGCAGACAGUCAAGCCUGGUGUGGGUUGGGGAGCCUGCCUGACACCCAGAGGGACUUGAAACUGUAGCAGGAAGGUUGUGUUCUCCACCAAGGGAACUGACCUGCUGGAACUGAGUAGAAAUGUCAGUCUUCCACUGCCCCCUCCUUGCCAUCUUUUCUUCUGCUACUUUGGGGAGUUGAUGGUGGGGAAUAAGCCAGUACAGGGUUAAAGUAACUCCCAGCAUUGUCCACCAGAGGGCUUGAGCACCUGCUGACCUCAGGGUCACAGUUCAGUCAUUUGCCAGUUGAUGGAGCCAGUUUUACCUUUGGUUCUGUUGCUGAAGCAAAUUUGGAACUUGUCUCCUCAGUAUGAUCCACUAGCCCAUAGGAUCUUUUGAAAUCUUAAAUAACCCUAUUUGGACAAUGGGGUCUAGGAAUAGGGUUCUCUUUCUUAUGAAGAUCCCUCUGUAGACCUUGUGAGUUAACUGUCCAGACAUUUGCAGGUGAAUUCCUCUGCUUGACACUCUUCCUCGUCACUUGGGACUCUGUGGGAGUGGGUAUCUCCACGUACCUGUGUAAAAGUCAUUUUACAUUUCAAAGCAGUGUGUUUCUUAUUUUUAUAUUUUUAACUCUUUAUUCUUGGAUGUAUAAAGUGAACUUUUUGGCUUCUGUAAGUAUGCUCUAUGCACCUCUAAUGUUUUAUCAUGUAUUUAUAUGUUGUACACAGUACUGGCCAAUUCUGUAAAUGGAUGUAUUGUACAGAGAACAUGACUGUCUUCUUAUUUUACAUCUUCAGUAUCAUUGCAUUAAAGUGGUGUAAUUUACUUCUC